CAGUGAUAGUAGGCGGGACUUCCGUGCAGUUGUAGCAUUGCGGCCUCUGCUGAAGGACACCUGCUUCUCUCUCUCUGCUCAGGGGUCGUGUGUUAAAGGACCAUUAAUCAUCCAUCAUGGGAGGACAUGACGCCGGAGGCCAGCACCAGUUCACUGGAAUUGCCAAGUACUUCAAUUCAUACACGAUCACAGGAAGGAGGAAUUGUGUUUUGGCCACAUAUGCUAGCAUUGCAGCCAUUAUUCUUUUCUACAAAUUGAAGCCCAAAAAACAGGCUGUCACAGAAAAGUGAUCAUGUGUCUAUUCUGGCCAUCAGCUCUAGCAGUUGGGAGUGGAGGAAGCAGCUGGACAUGCUUGUAAUAAAAUAUUCCUGUUUGGUUUCUCUUUGUUGACAAUAAAAAAACAUUUAUGCCCCAAACAUAAAAAAAA